CCAACAGAUAAAAGCUUUAAAGUAAAAGUACGUUUCAAAAUAAUAUAUAUUUUAAAUUUUGUUUGUAAUUUUUAUUAUUUAAUAACGGUGAACUGUGAAUUUCAAAAAUUACUUAUAUUUUCUAAAAUGCUCUUGAUUUAAAAUUAUAUGAAAAUAGUUUAUUAAAAAGCACAUUUAUAAUUAAAAUUUAAUAUUUUUCAUAUGUGCUAACAAACGAAACAUAAAUCUUUUAGAAAUAGAGAAUAUUGUUUUCUAACUUCUGGUAGAAGUAAAAAUAUUUUUAUGUAAAUACUUUCAAGAAAUAUGAUUUUAGUACCAACUUAAAAGGAAUAUGUGACGACAAAAAAUCCGAAUGUGUAAAAGAUUAUAUAUAGUUUCUGUUAAAUUAUUGACCAUCCACAAACGACUUUUAUAAAUAAAAAACAAAUGGUAAAAGUCAUCUUGUCUAUAUAAACCAACCUCAAGAACUCUAUCUCUCACAGAAUUCUCUCGCUUCACCUUUCAUCUUCUCUAAUACUUUGUCCCUCUCUGAUUUUUCGCUCUGGUCCUAGAUUCAACUUACCAGAAAAUGGCCGUCAUCAACAGCCUCCGACGCCUGGCGCGUACCACUCAGGUUAAUUUGCAGAGCAGGUAUCUUGCUUCUUCCCAACGCAUGCCUGGCUCUAGGAUCUUCACCACAGAGGCAUCAACGGUUAAGAGAAACACAGUUGGGCCUAAAGGUCAUAGUAUGCUAGCACCUUUUACAGCUGGGUGGCAAAGUUCUGAUUUAGAUCCGAUGAUCAUAGCAAAAUCCGAGGGAUGUUAUGUGUAUGAUGCCCAUGGGAAAAAGUACCUUGACUCUCUUGCUGGUCUAUGGUGUACCGCAUUAGGAGGAAGUGAAGCACGGCUUGUUUCUGCUGCGGUUUCGCAGCUGAACACCUUGCCCUUUUAUCACUCCUUUUGGAACUUUACUACUAAACCUUCACUGGAUCUUGCUCAAGAUCUUUUAGACAUGUUCACGGCCAAAAAUAUGGCCAAAGCAUUUUUCACAAACAGUGGAUCAGAGGCUAAUGAUACCCAGGUCAAGCUGGUUUGGUAUUACAAUAAUGCACUUGGAAGGCCCAAAAAGAAAAAGAUCAUCGCAAGAAGCACAUCGUACCAUGGCUCCACUCUGGUAUCAGCAAGUUUGUCUGCCAUGCCGGUUAUGCAUCAAGAUUUUGACUUACCUUCAUCAUAUAUGCGAUACACGGAUUGUCCUCACUAUUGGCGUUAUCAUCUUCCGGGUGAAACUGAAGAGGAGUUCUCAACCAGAUUAGCUAAGAAUUUAGAAGAUCUUAUCCUCAAAGAAGGACCACAAACUAUUGGUGCUUUUAUAGCUGAACCACUCAUGGGUGCUGGUGGUGUGAUACCUCCACCUGAUUCCUACUUUGAAAAGGUCCAAGCUGUUCUUAAGAAAUAUGAUAUCUUGUUCAUUGCUGAUGAGGUGAUAUGUGCAUUUGGAAGGCUUGGGACAAUGUUUGGAUGUGACAAAUACAACAUCAAACCAGAUCUUGUGUCCUUAGCUAAGGCAUUGUCUUCAGCAUAUGUGCCGAUUGGAGCCGUUCUUGUGAGUCAAGAAGUGGCAGAUGUUAUUUAUUCUCAAAGCAACAAGAUAGGUACUUUUGCGCAUGGGUUUACUUAUUCUGGUCAUCCAGUUUCAUGUGCUGUAGCAAUUGAAGCGUUAAAGAUCUAUAAGGAGAGGAACAUACCAGAACAUGUAAACAGAGUUUCCACAAGGUUUCAAGAAGGUCUUAGAGCUUUCUCCACUAGUCCUAUUAUUGGAGAGAUCAGAGGAACUGGUUUGAUUCUUGCGACUGAGUUUACAGAAAAUAAAUCGGCACACGAACCGUUUCCACCAGAAUGGGGUAAACCAUUUGAAGACAGUGUCAAAGUUUUUUACUUACACAUACUAAAAGACGGCAUCGACCCUUUUUUUUUUUUUUUUUUCAUUUUUGAUGUUUACAGGUGUUGGCGAAUACUUUGCAGCCGAAUGCAAGAAGCAGGGGAUGAUAGUCCGUGUUGCAGGGGAUCUCAUAAUGAUGUGUCCACCGCUCAUUAUCUCACCUGAAGAGAUUAAUGAGUUGAUUACUAUCUAUGGGAAAGCGUUGAAGGCAACAGAAGAGAUGGUUAAAGAACUCAAGACUCAGCAAAAGAAGUGAGAAGCAGAGUCAUUGUUUCCAGUUAUAUGCAAUAAGUAUCAGAACCAUAAUAGGUGUAGUGUAUCUUUUAUUUUCCAAAGACUGGAUCUGUUGUUUCGAAUACACAAGUCUAGUUAUGUAGUGCAUUCGACUCGGUGGAAAUGGAAUGAAUAAACAACAACAAUAAGACUGUGAAUGUGAUCUGAACAAACCAAAGAUACAGAGACAUAAAUAGAUAUUGUUUUUAAAAGUCAAAAACAGUUUCUGAGAUAGUGACUUUGCAGGCUUGCAGCUACAUGAACUUGUGGUUAAUGGCCUAAACUAGCGACGGCCAGAGACUGGACUAUAUGGUUCGGUACGCGGCUAACCAACCCACGGACCAGAAUGACUCAAAUGGAAUUUAGUGCACUCGAACUUGAAAACGAAAUACAUAGACCACUGCAGAAACAGAGAAUUGUGAUUA